UAGCACCCGAUGUGUGUUUAUAGUCAGCCUGGGAGGCUCUUGCUACUUGUGCACCAGUGCCCAUGGGCACGGUCAAGAAGGAGCUGCUGGUGUCCCCUUGCAUCCCGCCUGGCCGGAUGACAACCUCUGGCUCGAAGCCAGGACUUUGCACAGAGGACACGGAGUGCGCUGGAGGAGUUGGCGAAGGCUCUUCUGCUUUGUACACUGUUGGGCGAUUGUGGCUCUGGCUUUAAGAAGGAAUAAGGACUAUUUUUUUCACUCCUCCUAUUCUCUCCCUCUUUCUCCCUCCCUCCCUCUCCUCCUCCUCUCCCUUUUUUCUUUCUCUCCCCUCUUGACAAUCCCUCCCUUUCGCUCACUGGUGCAAAGGAUUUUUCCCCUUCCAGAAAGCAGAGUGUCUCUGAGGCAGAGGGAGCGAAAGAGAGAGAAAGGAGGAGACGGACUGCCUCCAGGAUUCUGUGCAAGCCACGAUGGGAAUGUAGUUCAGAGAGCAGCAUUUCAUUUCACAUGAAAUUAGAAACAUAGGAUAUUUGCUACUAAAGGCAAAGAAGAGGAGGGGAAAUGUACCGCUUCUAGUGCCUGGGAUUGCAGAAGAAACUGUGAGAUUGUCACUUGACUUAGACAGCAUUGCACAUCAUUUUUUUUCUUACCCCUCUCCCACCUUUUCUUCUUUAUUUUUAAACUUUCAGCUCCCAUCUUCACUUCUACCUACCCCACACCUUUUCUUUGACUAAAAGCUUCCCAUGGAUUGUGUGGUCUGCUUUGGAGAAAACUGCUUAGCGAAGAGGGGCUGGACUAUUUCUUCUUCACUCGAAGUGACAGCUAAAGAGAUGUGCUGCCGUUGUGUAUUAUAGCUUUUAAGUGGGAUUUUAAAUCCUUUCUUUGUGGCAUUUCUAAACAAAACAAGAUUUUAAACAAACAACAACUGUGUUGAGGAAAUCAGUCUCUUGAAGCCGUGAGAGACAAGCCAUCCCAUGAUGAGGUGGAGUGGCAUGCAGAUGGAACGGGGUUGUAUUUUGGGAUUUUGUUGCCUCAUUCUCUUGGACCCAGGGCAGGUUUGGACUGGAAAUCCUAGUACCCCAAAACCUGAGCUGGAAAUGCAAAUGGUGACCAGUGGCAAUACCACUUCGGGUCCGACUGUGGAGAACACAGCUGUUGCUCCCACUGAGGCCUUACUUGGGGGUGAUCGGUGUCUUGGCUACUACGACGUUAUGGGCCAGUGGGACCCUCCAUUUAACUGUAAUUCAGGGAUCUACAAUUUUUGUUGUGGGACCUGUGGCUAUCGCUUCUGCUGUCAGUUCACGGGUGGACGACUGGACCAAAGUGGCUGUUCCAACUAUGAAACACCAGAAUGGGUCAACACUGGCCAACCACCGCCAAGAGUGGACGAGUCCCCCAUAAAUCCCACCAGGGACAAGACCAACAUGAUUGUAUAUAUUAUCUGUGGUGUAGUAGCCAUCAUGGUACUGGUGGGGAUCUUUACCAAGCUGGGACUGGAAAAAUCGCAGAGUCCUCAGGCUGAGAUGACCAUGUCCAGGACACUAACAGAUCUCCUGAAGCAGCCGGGACACGGUCCAUCUGAUCUCUUGCCUGAUGGCCACAUUGGCAGUGUGCAGGUCCAGAUAACUGAUGGCCUUUCUCGCGGAUCCCCCAGGAAUGGCACCGACAAGAACAACCUGAACAAUGCCAUAAUCAACCCUUCCACAAUCCCACAGAUUGGGCGGCCGCAUUCACACAACAACCGGCUGCAGAUGGCAACCACCAUACCCCACCAGGCGCCAGACUACACCAAGUACGCAACUCUCAAGGCUGUAGAAAGCGCACCUGAGGAAUUCUACAAGAGGUUUCCUGUGAUGGACCUGCCACCCUCAGGCAAUCUGCCCUUUGCUUCCUUGACCCUCCAUCAGAAAGACAUCCCAGCUUUUCAAGACGGCUGUGCUCUGAUCGGCUUGGCAACGCCAGGACAGAAGUCCAAGGUGGGGAAAUCCAAUGCCCACACCUUGGCAACCAGCCCUGCCUUCAAAGGAGGCUGGGACGCCAGCCACCCUGACUUUCGACGACAGGCUUACAUCACCAAGCGCCAGUUCAGUAUUGAGAAGCUGCCGGAGGUCUUUAGCCAAACACCCACCCACUAUACCCACCAACAGCGCCCCUUUUCCACCAACAGCAAGACAGAGGUGACUGUUUAGGCAGGACUUGUCUCUCAUGUGCUCCCUUUGCUUUAAAAUCUUGAAGCAGCCUGCCAGGUGGGCAAUGGCCUGGCCAAGCUGCUCCCCUCUCAACACUGGCACUGCCAGGUUCUGUGUGGGAGCUAGGAUAGUCUUUAAGAAGGACAAACGGCCACAGGAACUGAGAAGCCACCCGAGGCUACUAACUGAACUUUCCCAUUUAGCGUGGCCUUCUGUCUUUAGCAUCCCAACAGAACUUGGCCAGCAUGCAUGGUGAAACCGGCAUGCAUGUUGCCCUAUGAUUCAAUGCACGCCUGCUGUUUCUGACUCACUUCUUCAUCCCAUCCUACCGCUCCCAGGGGAGUCAGCAUCAGCAAGAAACCUGGACAACGCCACUAAUAUUCUGCAUGGAGCGGGAAGGGAUAAUAUGUUUGGUUCCAGCCUUCCAGCAAUGAUGACCAUGAGCAGCGAGAGAAGACAAACGGUUGCAAUAAGUUACCAGUGUAUUGUGUGUGACCAUUUGCCCUAUGUUACAUUUCUCCUCUGCCUUUCCUCGCAGUUAAACAAAUGCAAAAAAAGAAAGAAGAGAAAACCAAAAAAGGUCAGGGGCAUUAAAAAUGGAAGAAGAAACACACUGUUCAAAGGGGGACUGUUAAGGAAUGAAAGAAAAAAAAUGCAGACUACCUUUCAUACUGAGCUUAGUCCCUUCUUUGUCCGGCAAACAUCUCAGUUUCAGUUCCUUGUUGCAUAUAAAUCCACCAUGCUACCAAGAUGCUCUGUUGUCCACCAGGAACCAUUGCUGUGGGCCAUACAUACAACGACUUGACCCCGUGUUGAGGAAAUUGGGUGCUUUGCUACAGAGGGGAUAUUUCCCACCAGACUGUGAAGGUCUUGGAGUGUAGCCACAGUGUGCACAAAUGUGCUUGUGUGAGAGAGUAGAUGUUUGCUCAAUCUGCAUACCUCAUUUGUGACAUACUCCAUGGAGCCUUUUUCUGUAAACAUUUCAGCCACAGGCUGGAAAGUUCAUUUCACUAUUAAGGGCUUGGUCUGAUAUCAGAAGAACCAAAGUGAGGGGUAUUUGUGCUUUAGUGCUAGAUUCGGAGAACACUUUUUAUUUAACACUUAAUAGGAAACAAGCAAGCUGGCUCUUCCUGCAUUUCUCUGUUCACCCAUCACCACAUCUUUCUUGUGACUGUCUGGCAAAGAAACAAAGGCAACAUCUUCUGCUGCUUGGUUGGCUGGAACUGUAGUCAUGCUUUUACACAUCAUAGCUCAUUGUGAAAAGGUAUCUCCUCUUUGUACCUAAUUCUUGCUCAUUAGCAUAUACAAUUGGAUCAUAUUUUAUAUAGUAUAACCAGAGAAUGUCCAACUCAAUGGGUGCUUACUUGUAAUGCCAACCAGAUGAAACAGUAGUGUGUGGCUAUGGAUUGAGCUGUCAUUUGGUCUGCAUCUUAAUGCUCUUCCCUGUUUUUCGCUUACCAGGAGUCUUGCCUCCUCCUUGCAGCAGGAGACUGCCAAGCAGAGGAAUGUGUCACUGGAGAUCCCCGUUAUGUUUCCAAACAAAGUAUAACCUUAUAAAUAACAUAGCUAAUGAUGUAGAAAUUUACAGAGCUUGGUUGACACAGCAGCACAUGACUUCUGCUAGGCAAUGAAUGGGCCACAGGCAAAUGAGCUAUUUCUCAUCCAUGGGUGUAGGGCAACAGCUCACUGGGGAUCUCUCUGUCAAAUAUUAUAAUCUAUGGAAGUCAGACUGUGGGAAGUUCAGGGCAGAGUCUCCACCAAACCCAAACUAUCCUUAAAGGUGCAACAAAAUAGACAGUUAUGGGGGAAAGAGAAGGGGGGUGAGACUAUUAUUUAGUUGUAGGAAGAAACAGAGGAUCAUCCAACUGUUCUCUUUUCAACUUGCUGUUUUAGACAUGAUAAGAAUAAUAUUGCCACCCAGAUAUUGUUUCCUGUGAUAAUGUUCUCUCAUGCUUUCAAAUCUGAUUUUUCCAGUGCCCUUCAUAGGCAUUCACUGUAUUCGUUGUUUUCUGAUGUCGGCCUAUUUUUUUCCCAUAAGGUAGGUGUGGAAAUCAUGAGAGCCUCCAGAUAUUGUUGGAUUUCAACUCCUCUUUAUUGUUUAUGUUGGAAAAGGGCUGCUGGGGGUUGUAGUCCAACAUCUGGAGGGUCGCGUGGUUCCCCAGACCUGCUGUAUCUCUGGCUUGGUUUGUACCACACAGUUGUAUGUGUGCCACUUAUGUGACAUGGAAGAUAUCUGGAUAUCUGUUUGGAACCUAUAUUAUUAUUUAUGUAUAUAUCUAUAUUUGUAACUGUAUGUAUUAAGAAGGUAAAACAAAAGCAAAAAUGGACCAAAAGGUCAAUCCCACA